UGGUUCGAGGGCAACAGAUGGACACAAACUUUUGUUUCCUAUUGAUCUCUUUCUGUGUGUCUGUUUUUUUGCUGAAGCAGAAAGAGGUUUGCAAAUAAGGUUAAAGUAAACAAGGAAGCAGGGUGACUGACACAUGUUUCCAAUGAUUGUGAGCACAUGCUCUGUCAUUAGUUUUUCAGUCUGUCCUCUCACACAGAGGCAACAUGAGGCCGUGGGCUGUCCUGCUGCUCGCUCUGCUCGCUCAGACUUUUGCUGGAGAUGAGUCCUGUAUGGGUCGCUGUGAGAAUGGCUUUGACUCCCAGAGGAAGUGCCAGUGUGACUCGAUGUGCAAGUAUUACAGGAGCUGCUGCUCUGACUUCGAGGUCACCUGUGGCAUGAUGACUCGCGGAGACACCUUUGUGUUAGCAGAGGACGAUGAUGGUGAGCUGUUUGAAGGUACCACUCCAUCGCUCAGACGUUCAGCCCACGACCAGUCUGUCAAUCGUCAGCUUCCGCCCACACAACAGCCCAUCUCAGACUUUGAUCACAGGCCACAGCAACAUCCAGAAACCACACUGGAAAUGAACAAACCCCCUCAACUGUUGGAUACCAUACUUCAGAAUAUCCCUGUUACACAAAAAACAUCCAUUUCACAGACAGUCCAACCAACACAGAUGUUCCCCAGCACAACUGAACCCUCUCGGACCGAUCCAGCAGCCGAGACAACCACUGUUCCCAUCACAACAGCCGCUACUGAAGCCCCCGACCCAGACGCUGUGGCCUGCAGUGGGAGGCCCUUUGACUCCUUCAUGCGGCUAAAGAAUGGUUCCAUAUAUGCCUUCAGAGGGGAGUACUUUUUUGAACUGGACCAGAAAUCAGUGCUUCCUGGUUAUCCAAAGCUCAUAAAGGACGUGUGGGGCAUCAGUGGGCCUAUUGAUGCUGCCUUCACUCGCAUCAACUGUCAAGGGAAGACUUAUAUCUUUAAGGGAAACAAGUACUGGAGGUUUGACAACGGCAUGUUGGAUGAAGACUACCCUCGAGAUAUCAGCGUGGGCUUUGACAAAAUUCCUGAUCAUGUGGAUGCAGCUUUUGCUCUGCCAUCUCCUGGUCACAAUGGAAAAGAGAAGGUCUACUUUUUCAAAGGGGAUCAGUAUUACAUGUACGAGUUUUUGCACCAGCCGUCCCAUGAGGAAUGUAUCACCAUGUCAGAGAGGUCUCCAUCCACACUGUUCAGGCGCUACACUGACAUGUACAACAACAACUUUGAACGUGUUAUCAGCGAGCUCUUCUCUGACUUGCCUCGGCAUCAUGACAAACACCACUUCAUUGAUAAGGACUGGAAGGGCCUCAAGUCUCCAGUGGAUGCUGUCAUGGCCGGCAGAAUGUACGUCCCUCCCCGGAGCGUCACACAACGCCGCUACGACGACCAGCCUGACCAGCAGUGGGGUCAACAGCAGGGCCAGCAGUGGAACCAGCAGCAGUACCAGCAGUAUGGACAGCAGUGGGGUCGUAGGAGGCAAAAACGUUCACCCUACUGGGGAUCCAUGGCUGAGCGGGGGAUGAAUACGGGCCAGGACUUUGCAGAGGCCGGGAUGGAAAUGGGUCGGAGGUUGGCAGAGAGGAGGAUGGAGAUGGAGGAGAGGCUCAGACGAGACUGGGACAGACGCUGGGAUCAAGACUGGGACCAGGACAGACGGAGAGAUGGUUACCGCCAGAACAACAGAGGCAACUAUGACUCCAGAGAUGACAGGUCAUACUGGGGGUCCAUCCAGAGCAAUCUGCCCAUACAGAGUGUCUACUUCUUUAAAGGAGCUACAUACUCCAGAGUGGACCUCAGGACCAAGAGAGUUGACCACGCCACGCCUCCCUAUCCCAGGUCCAUCGCCAAGUACUGGCUCGGCUGUUCAGACACCACUGGGGCAGAAAAGUAGUUAAAUUGUUAUAUGAUAAUUUGGACAACAUUUGUAUAACAGAUCAUUAAUUUUACCUGAAACAAGCAGUGUUGGCUGCUGAACGUGUGACAAGCUUGCUCAGUGUAACACAUAACUAACUGUUCUUCAACUUAAGCAAAUAUUGGAGAUCAAUGCAAAUCCACACACCGCUGCUCUUCACUUCAACAUGGCCAAAGUUCAACUGGUUGAUUUAGAUUAUCUCAUCUAUCUUCAACAUCAACUGCCCUACUUAAAUAAAUACAACUACAAUAAAAAUAAGCUCAAAUGAAAAAGCCAGAA